AAGAACUCACUAAGAAUUCCACCAAUUCGGAAAUAAUGUUUUUCAGAAACAGAGAUAAUUGAUUUAUUUAUCCAUCAAUUAUUGAUAUUGUAUUUUUCGCUGUAAACGAAAGGUUGUGAAAUUUUGCCAGGAAAUUAUUUGUUUUUUUGGUAGUACGGUCUUGAAGUUUUAUUCUUCACUAAAAUUUUAACUUGUGUGAAAAAAAAAGGACAGCAAAGCGGUUAAAUGUUUCGAUUGUAUGGUAAUCAGUAGAAUCAAGGAGAUCUUUAAAUAGGCCAUUCUUGAUAAAUGUGCGUCUCGUAUUGAAAAAUUGUGCAAACAUAGAUUACCCCUAGAAAUGCAGAUGAGACAUUUAUAUUGACGGCCCUUCGGAAGAUGGUUAGCAUUGAGUCAAUAAAGCCGAUAAGCAUUUAUGAAUUUCAGCCAGUCUUUUUGAAGAAUCACAACGAAAAGGACAUAUAAAACCAUGCUAUUUCGAACAAGUUUGUUUUUUUUCCUGUUGUACCAGCUCAAUUAUUCCAGCGCAAUCGAUGUUGGAAUUAUUAAGAAUUGUUGUGGCUUGGGAACAAAUCACUCUUUAGCUGGGAAUCAAUGUAAUACCCUUAAGGCACCUAUUCCAGGAGUGAGUCAAGCAGACUCAGAACAAUGUGUGCAUUUUGCUAAUGCCUGCUGUUCAACGAAGCACAGCGAGUUAGAAUGCCAGGCAGGUGAAGAUCUUGGUUUGUCUGGUCAAGAUUGCAAAUCAGCUAGUGGGAAUAAAAAGGUUUGUUGCGAAUCUUGCGUUCUUGGCAAAGCAGCUGCAAGUAGUGAUCCGUCCUGUUUAGAUCUAGGUUUAGGACCAUCUUUUGUGAAAUGUUGUCGAGUGACUCUCUCCACUACUACAACUACAACCACUACUACGACUACUGAAGUUUCUGUCCCUGUUACAACAUCCAAAACUACAGUAGGGCUAGAACUAUCUUCUAAAAAGCCAUCUAACUAUAUACCCUCUGUGAAGAAUCUUUGUGAAGUUGAAGAUAUAUGUGCUCAGAUUUGUAUUCCUCUUGGAGACUCUUACAAAUGUGACUGCAACAAGGGUUAUUCUUUGAUGGACGAUAAGGUUUCUUGCAAGCCAGAUCAGAAAACUCGGAAAGCAAUAAAUAGGUGUGAUUUGAACAAUCCUUGCGAGCACGAAUGCUUAGACACUGGAUUUGCUGUCAAAUGCUUGUGCCACGAUGGAUACGAGUUAGAUGUAGACAAUACUUCUUGCAAAGAUAUCGACGAAUGUGCAACGAAUUUGCAAGAGUGCACCAAGGAUGAAAUUUGUGUCAAUAGUGAAGGAAACUACUACUGUGAAGAUCCCAACUAUACAGAUACCAUUAGUGAACCAGAAAAGAAAUGCCCAGUUGGUUAUAAAUUCAACGGUCAAAGUGGACUUUGCGAUGAUAUAAAUGAAUGCGAGAUCAGUUUGUUAUGUCCCAGUUCCAAAACUUGUAAGAAUUCAAUAGGAUCUUACUCGUGUCAAGGGGAGGAUAUAACAUGCCCGCCAGGUUUUCAUUACAAAGCUGCCACUGAAAGCUGUGCAGAUAUCGACGAAUGUAUCACUGGUGAGAACAACUGUAAUAAAGAAUCGCAGAUUUGCAUUAAUACGAAGGGCAACUAUUCCUGCGCUGAGAAGGUAUCAACGAAUUUCUGUCCCCCAGGAUUCAAGAAGAACCCCUACACUCAACUCUGCGACGAUAUCGACGAAUGUGCUGACGAUAUACCUUUGUGUGCCCCCACGGAACAAUGCAUCAACGAGAAAGGCAGCUAUAAUUGUGUGCCAAGGUUUAAACCCACAUCUCCCACUAUUUUGGCUCCAACUCGACCUUCGACUCCAGCUUACACUCGCCCAAGACCUUCAACAACUACCACACCAAGACCUUUAACCUGCUCCAAGGGUUAUACAAUAGGUGCCGACGGGCGAACUUGCAUGGAUAUCAAUGAGUGUCAGCUUGGUAUCCACGCUUGUCGGGAUUCCCAAAGAUGCGACAACACUGUAGGUUCUUAUCAUUGUGUUAGGAUGGCUGGUUGUGGAACUGGUUAUACUUACAACUACGCUCAAGAAAUAUGCGAGGAUGACGAUGAAUGUCAAUUGGGAACCCAUAAUUGUGGUGGUCUUGGUAGCGGGUUCAAGUGUAGAAACACCCAGGGUUCUUACAGAUGUGAUCCGGUGAGAAGGACCAAGCCUACUAUUCCAGUUCAAACGACUGCUCGUACUCCAGUUACCAGAACUACAGAACUCACUAUUAUCAGUGGACAGAGGAGGACUUGCCUACCUGGGUACAUUAUGAACGUUAGGGGAGACUGUGCUGAUGUGGAUGAAUGCCAAAGUAACCCUUGCGGUAGAGGGUCUACUUGUUUCAACGUUCCAGGAAGGUAUGAGUGCAUCAACAGAAUAGAAUGCAAAGCUGGCUAUCAAAUCAACGAAGCUGGAGAUGGCUGCGAAGAUGUCAACGAAUGUACCAAAGGAACUCACAAGUGCAAUCCUACUCAGUUGUGUCAAAAUGGUGAUGGAUAUUAUACUUGUGUUUGUCCACCAGGACACAGCUUCAAUUAUCAAUCCAACAAAUGUGAAGACAUAGACGAGUGUAAAUACUAUAAGGUUUGUUAUUUCAACUCGAAAUGCAUCAACACAGUUGGUUCGUACAGGUGUGAAUGUAAAGAUGGUUUUCGAGACGAUGGAAGAGGAUGCCAAGACAUAGACGAAUGCGCUUUGUCUCCAAACUUUUGUGAGCAUAGAUGCGUUAAUACUUGGGGCUCCUAUAGAUGUGCUUGCCAGGCAGGUUUCACCCUAAAUCGUGACAACAGGACUUGUACUGAUGUAGAUGAAUGUGAAAGGUUCAAAGACGAAAAAUUGUGCAUUGGGCCUUGUGAGAAUAUACCUGGAAGUUAUAGAUGUACUUGUCCAAGCGGAUAUAGACUAGGAAAUGACAAAAGGAGUUGUCAAGAUAUUGACGAAUGCGAGCAUAAAGUAUGUCAAAAUGAUAAGGACAUAUGUAUUAAUACAAGGGGAAGUUAUAAAUGCUAUACUAUUGACUGCCCAAGAAAUUAUAUCAGAGAUUCUCGACAUAAAAGUCGUUGUAAAAGACCUGCAACGUUGUGCGAUGCUAGAGAUCUAGAGUGUAUCCUUACACCAGAACAAUACACGUAUCAUUUCAUAGCUCUAGUAUCGAAUCUACCGAUACUGAAUGGUCACAUUAGCCUUUUUGUAAUAACUGGUCCAAGAUUUGCUAGAGCUAGGACUGAGUACAGUUUCAGAAUAGUUCAUGUCAGCUGUCCCGAAAGAAUACCAAAAAUAAACGAGAAUUACUUCAGAAUGGACGUGCAGAAUUAUAACGCUAUGAGACUAUUCUUGACCAGAAGUAUACAGGGGCCACAAGAAGCCGAAUUAGAAAUCCAAAUGAAAUUGUACAACAACAAUCAACUCACCAUGUCUGCAAUUUCUCGUAUUUUCAUUAUCGUAAAUGAGUAUACUUUCUAAAAUUUUUCGAAUCGACAUUCUUUUAACAACCAUGACAUAAAUUAUUGUAAGUGUAACUAUUUAAUUUUAGUCGAGUAGAGUAUGUUUUUUUUUUGACUAGUAUAAUUUGCCUUGAUAUCCGCUUCACAGAAUUUUUUUUUAAAUUCAGUAUUUGAACACUGUGAAUGAUUGGUAAGAGUGGUAUAGUGUUUUGGUUCAAUAAAACACAUUUUUUA